CCCUCUUCUAAGUUCUUACUUGUAACUUUGGAAGGCAUCAUCCUCUUGGCCUCUUUUAGUAAGCAAGACUCGCAGUCACAGACUCAUUCUCGUUCUCGUAGCCGGUGAAAUUGUUUUCUGUGAAAUAUUUUCAGUUCAAAGCACGCUUCGGUAUUCAGAACUCUAAGAGGUGGAAUUUUAUGAAGUUCGUGAGCAUAGGGAAAUUGUUAUUGAUUUGAUAUGGCAGAAGAAGCUCCUGUUGACUUGAAGGAAGAUGUGCCAGAACUUGCUCCAUUUGACCCAACGAAGAAGAAAAAGAAGAAGAAGGUUGUAAUUCAGGAUCCUGCAGAUGAAUCUGUUGAUAAGUUGGCUGAAAAAACAGAGAAUUUAUCAGUUUCUGAUGGAGUAGAAAAUACUUUUGCUGGUAUGAAAAAGAAGAAGAAGAAACAGGUGGAGACAGAUUUCCUUAAUGAGGAGAAUGUGAAUGGGGAAGAGGAUUUGGAUGGUCAUGGAGCAGAGGAUGAAGAAGGACAGGGGAUUGUGCUAAGGCAGUAUCCCUGGGAAGGAACUGACCGAGAUUAUGAAUAUGAAGAGCUUCUGGGGAGAGUUUUCAAUAUUCUACGAGAAAAUAAUCCAGAACUUGCAGGAGAUAGACGUAGGACAGUGAUGAGGCCACCACAAGUUCUCAGGGAAGGCACAAAAAAGACGGUCUUUGUGAACUUUAUGGAUCUGUGCAAGACGAUGCAUAGGCAACCGGAGCAUGUUAUGAAUUUCUUACUUGCUGAAAUGGGAACAAGUGGAUCUCUUGAUGGACAGCAAAGACUAGUUGUCAAGGGGAGAUUUGCUCCUAAGAACUUUGAGGGGAUUCUGCGAAGAUACAUCAAUGAAUAUGUCAUUUGCAAUGGUUGCAAAAGUCCUGACACUAUUCUUACAAAGGAGAAUCGGCUGUUCUUUCUUCGUUGUGAACAGUGUGGUUCUGGGCGAUCGGUGGCUCCAAUCAAGGCUGGUUUCGUUGCUCUUGUUGGACGCCGAAAAGCUGGAGGGACUUGAUCUUGAUGGACUCUCCAUUUGGAUGUUCUGUCUUGCCUUAGAAUGUCCACAAGCUUGCUCACUGUUACCAGUCAUUCAGUUAUAUUCAAUAGUUCUUCCAAUUUUGAUUUAUCUUGCAAAAAGGAUUGCUUUUUUCUGUGUUGUGGAUAAGUAUCAUGAUGAGGGUGUCGAUUUUUUUUUCGGUUACUUCGUAACAUAAAGCCAUUAUAUUUAGGUAUGGAAUAACGGCUGUUUUCAUAUUUUAAGAAGCAUAUUGAAUGUCAUUUUCGUAUCCAGUUGGCUCAUUAUCUUAGUAGGGAGAUGAGUUGAGUUUG